UAUUUAAUCCGUCAUUGUUGUUGUGGGCCUUAACGCGCGUUUGCUUUCGUCACCCGGUGGUUUGGGAUAGUUGAUUUUUGGUGAAUUUAAUUCGUUGAAACUACCCCAGCGAGUGAAAUAACCCUUGGAUAGUUGCUGACACAAUCCGGUAUCAACAUCAGCGGGAUGCGCUCGACGAUGAGCCGGCUGCUCCCUCUGGCGACGAUCCUGCUGAGCCUGUCCUGCUCGCAGGUGGGGGCCCACGCGGCGUCGGCGUCGUUCCUGUACGCCAAGGCGGAGACGAAGCGGAAGUACGGGAGCGGCUACGGGUUCGGCGGGGACGCCCGCGGCGGGGAGUCCGGCGAGACGGUCGAGGUGUUCACGAAGGAGGAGCUGGCGCGGGCCCUCUGCAACAGGGUCAAGGACGGCUACUGCCUCGACGCCGCGCCCCGCAACGUCAUCCUCCAGGACGAGGUCGACUUCACCACCCAAGACGGCAUCGUCACCGAGCCCGGCUGCGACAACGAUGCCGUCAAGCACCCCGAGUGCACCGUCAUCAAGAGGCAUAUCCUCAAUAGGUACGACUCGUGCCGCGGGCGUCCGAUGGUGCAGGUGGCCUACUCGCACGCGGGCGUGGCGCCGCUCCUGGUGGGCUCGAACAAGACGCUCCGCGGCGGCGGGACCAUCGUCGGGAGCGGGCUCCUCUUCCGCGGCGUGAGCAACGUCUUCGUCUCGGGGAUCUUCAUCGACGCCAUCAACCCCCGCGUCGCCUUCGCCGGCGCCGCCUUCACCGUCGACAACUCCACCCGCGUCUUCAUCGACAACUGCACCGUCCGCGAGACCGGCAUCUUCGUCCGCACCCGCGGCCGCCAGAACGCCUUCACCGUCUCCAACUCCCUCUUCUACGGGGCUGAUGAGUACAUUCCCUCCUGCGGAGACUACCACUUCUUCCUCUGGUUGGUGGACUCGUACCACGACCGGGUGACGUUCUACAAGAACCGGGUGGUCAACGCCCUGGGCUCGGGCUUCAGCACUUCGACGCCGUCGUCGGCGAUCAUCCACCUCAUCUGCAACACGUUCGUCAACUCCUCGAUGGAGGCCAUGGUCUACGCCCAGGGCGACGCCACCGUCCUCGCCGAGGGCAACUCCUUCCGGGCCACCCACCGGGCCGGGCUCCCCUUCGGUGGCGCCGUCUACAUGCCCCGGGUCCCGCCCGACUCCAAGCGCUGCAAGCCCCUCAUCGACCGCAUCUGCCUCCUCAACGAGAUCUCCGAGGCCCAGUGCGGGGCCGACGGCUGCCGCACCAACGAGGAGGUUCUCCAGACGUUCAAGAUGCUCGACCGCUCCUUCCUCGCUGCCUUUUAGCCUCGAGGGUUCUUAGCGGAAACGAAUGGGGCGAGACUGCCGUGAUAGCGAAGUGAGCAGUGAGUGCAAGAAUGGAGUUUUGAGAAAACGAGCUCAGAAGCAUCUGACCGGAAACUGUUAUUGAGAGAAGCCUCCGUUCUUUCUCCAAUGGAGAUUUU